AUGCGGCGCGCCUCCCCGUACUCGUACGCCGUCUUCGAGCGCCUCCUCCGGGAGCACUUCCCAUUCCCGCGCCGCGUCUUCCAGGUGCACGCGCUCCUCCUCACCUCCGGCGUGCUGCUCCUUGACCUUGACCCCCAAUGCUCCUCCACCGCCUUUCCUUACAACUGCCUCGCGCACGCGCACCUCCGCGUCCCCGCCGCCUCCUCCUCACGCCCCCCGCCCGCCCCGCUGCGCCUCUUCUCCGCCAUGCUGGCCCGCGGCGCGCGCCCCAACCGCCACACCUUCCCGUCCCUCCUCAAGUCCGCCUGCGCCUCGGGCUCCGCGGCCGCCGCGGGGGCGCUCCACGCGCAGUGCCUCCGCCGCGGCCUCGCGGCCGACCGCUUCGUCGCCUGCUCGCUCGUCAGCGCCUACGGCCGUACGGGCCACCCGGCUCGCGACGCGCGCAAGGUGUUCGACGAGAUGGAGGGGGCCUCGGACCUGGCCUCCUGCAACGCGCUGCUCGACGCGCUGUGCCACGCCGGGGACCUGGACGCGGCGGGGGACUUCUUUGAGCGGAUGGCGGCGAGGGAUCCCGUGUCGUGGACGACGCUCGUGUCUGGGCUGUCGCGGGGCGGACGCCACUGGUGCGCUCUCGAGGUGUUCAGGGGAUUUUUGCUGGGUAACAUGGGGCGACGGCUCCAGGAGGCCACGUUGGUCAGCGUGUUCUCGGCCUGUGCCAACCUUGACGGCGGUGAGGGGCUUGCUGCGGGCAUGGCUGUUCACGCAUACCUCGUCCGUCAUGAGAUUGAGCUCACUGCGUUCCUGGGCACGGCGCUGGUUGACAUGUAUGGAAAGCAUGGGAGGCUUGGCUUCUGUAAGAGUGCUUUUGAGGUCGUCUGCAAGAAGGAGGUUUGCACGUGGAAUGCCCUGUUGUUAGCUUUGGCUAAUCAUGGGAAGGAGACUGAAGCGUUGGUGAAGUUCGACAUGAUGAGGGUUGAAGGCUUCUUGCCAAAUCAGAUAACCUUUCUUGCUCUGCUUACGGCUUGUGCUCGUGCAGGAUUGGUGGAAGUUGGGUUAUACUGGUUCGAGGCAAUGGUUGCCGAAUACAAGGUGGAACCGUUGAUGGUCCAUUAUGGAUGUGUUGUGGACCUCUUAGGCCGUGCUAGCCGUUUUGGAGAAGCCAUUCAGGUUAUAGAGAGGAUGCCCUUUGCGGCUGAUGCUUCUGUGUGGGGUGCUCUUCUUGGAGCUUGCAAGCUCCAUGGAAAUGUGGAGCUUGCCGUGGAGAUUGGGCAGAAACUAAUGUCUCUUGGCCCCCAGCAAUCUGGUCGGUAUAUGACUAUUAGGAAUGUCUAUUUAGAAGAUGGGAAUUGGCAUGCUGGUGCAAGAAUGGGAGAGGUGAUGCAGGAGGCUGGAAUCAAGAAGGCAGUAGGGCAGAGCAGCGUUGUGCUUGGUACUGCCAUUCCUUAA